AUGAAGGUGCAGCAUCUGAUGGGCAGCCCCUGGGGCCCGCCGGGCGCCCGGCCGGAUGGGCUGCACCGUGAGCCUGGUGUGCUGCGAGGCGUUGGAGCCCGGGCCCCCCUGCGGUUCGCCGCCCGCGGGGAGCCCCCCGGCCCCCGCGCGGGCAGAGAGCAGGGAGCCCCGGGGCUCGGCCCGCGCCGAGAGGCGGCGGCUGCUCCUCCAGCCAGAGGACCUAGAGGCCCCCAAGACCCACCACUUCAAGGUGAAAACCUUCAAGAAGGUGAAACCCUGUGGCAUCUGCCGCCAGGCCAUCACCCGGGAGGGCUGCACUUGCAAAGCUUGCAGCUUCUCCUGUCAUCGGAAAUGCCAGGCCAAGGUGGCUGCUCCUCUGUUUGGAAAUGA